UGAAAUGGAAAGCGGAUCGUACACACAGCCUUAAUUUAGACACGCAAACAUACAUUCAGCGUAGCAAUCCUGCAGAGUUAUUUGGGGAACUCGCAUGAAGUCACAAGCCGCACAAGCUCAGACUGAAGACAAACAGAUUAGGCCACUGCCACCAUGCCGGGGGAGGAUAAAGCACCGCAGCAGACCCGCCAGAGGAAGAAGGGCAAGAAGUCUCGCACCAAGGCCAAGACGCAGGGCAACGACCUCCUCAGAGCUGCAUCAGACUUACAAGAUGAGCUCAGCCUCCCGCCGGUCCUCCGGCCUACUCCUAAAAAGCCGGCAGAGGAGAAGCCCAAAGUGCCGGGGGCCAAAGUGGAGGAGGAGUCGUCUCUAGCCAUCUGUCUCCAGGUGGUGCUCCCCUACCUGCUGGCCGGGAUGGGCAUGGUGAUGGCCGGCAUGGUGCUGGACAGGGUGCAGCACUGGGAGGUGUUUAAGGUGAUCACGGAGGUCUUCAUCCUGGUUCCUGCUCUGGUUGGACUCAAAGGAAACCUGGAGAUGACUCUGGCCGCCCGACUCUCCACUGCCGCCAACACGGGUCAGAUGGACGACCCUGCUAAACAGUGGACGAUGGUUUGCAGCAACCUGGCGCUCAUCCAGGUCCAGGCCACGGUCGUGGGCUUCCUGGCGGCCGUGGCCGCCGUCUGUCUGGGGGCCUUUUCCAGGGGGGGGGUGGAGCUGGACCAGGCGGCCGUGCUCUGCGCCAGCAGCAUCACCACAGCCUUCGUGGCCGCCCUCUCCCUCGGUCUGGUGAUGAUCGGCGUGAUCAUCGGCUCCAGGAAGGUGGGCAUCAACCCCGACAACGUGGCCACGCCCAUCGCAGCCAGUCUGGGGGACCUGAUCACGCUGUCCCUGCUGGCCGGGGUGAGCAGCACGCUGUACCAGUACAGAGAUAUCUGGUACUUGUCCCCCCUGGUGUGUCUGGUCUUCCUGGCUCUGAUCCCCCUCUGGGUGCUGGUGGCCCGCAGGAGUCCCCAGAUCAGGGAGGUUCUGAGGUCGGGCUGGCAGCCCGUCAUCGUGGCCAUGUCCAUCAGCAGUUUUGGCGGCGUAAUUCUGGACAAGACGGUGAGCGAUCCAAACUUCGAGGGGAUGGCGGUCUUCACGCCCGUCAUCAACGGAGUGGGCGGGAACCUGGUGGCCAUCCAGGCCAGCAGGAUCUCCACCUACCUGCACUUCUGGAGCAUCCCGGGAGUUCUGCCCUACAAGAUGAGGCAGCACUGGCCCAAUCCCUGCAUCACCUUCUUCUCCUCAGGGGUGAACUCGAGGUCGGCGCGGGUGCUGCUGAUGCUGGUGGUCCCGGGACAGCUGGUCUUCCUCUACGCCAUCUCUCUGCUGCAGGGAGAAGAAGCUCCCAUCAGCGCCGCCUUCGCCGUCUGCUACCUGUGUGCCGCCUUCCUGCAGGUUUCCAUCCUGCUCUACGUGGCCGACCUCAUCGUGCGUCUGAUGUGGAGGAGAAGUCUGGACCCGGACAACUUCUCCAUCCCGUACCUGACGGCGCUGGGCGACCUGCUGGGGACCGGCUUCCUGGCGCUGUGCUUCCGCUGCGUCUCGCUGGUGCAGGGCCUGGGGCUAUGAUGGUUCCCACGGUAACGCCCGGAGACCGGCUCCAACCGGCUCCACCCGGCUCACAGCACGGUCUCCGCUGCCUCGGACUGGACCGGAGAGGGGGGACUGAGAGCCUCAUCACACGUGCACACAAGGUUUUA